AUGGCUCCAGAGCUGACGAGUUUAUUGCACUCUGUAUCUACAGUCUGUGCCACGACAUUUCUAUUGAUCCUCCCUGUCCGACUUUGGAAGCUUCGUAACUCUAGCAUCAGAGCCACUCCAACCUGGCAAGGACCCUUCAAGGCCUGCCUUGGAGUAUUGCUUUCACUCAUAUUGUCUUCAUAUUGUACGAAGGUUUCAAGGUUGGAUGUUCAGCAUAAAGCCAUUUUUUUGGCCUCACUUUUCGCUUCUAUACCUGCUGCCCUGGGCCUGAGUGUGCUUCUGCUCCAGGAGCAACAGCGGUCUCAAAGGCCUUCAGAUCUCGCUAGACUAUACCUUCUUUCAUCUAUACUGUGUGAUGCCGUCCACUUGGCUACGCCUUCAAAGAUCGCUAGACACGCGAAUACCUUGCGUCCGGUCCUUCUUCGUUGCUGCAUGCACUCGGCACUUCUGGUACUUGAAUGUUGCGCCAAGGGGCGCCCAGCAUUCAGUGAGCUCAACAAACAACAAUCUCCAGAGGAACACUGCGGUGUCUUGAGUAGAGUCCUUUUCACGUGGAUAAAUCCAAUUCUUCUUCGAGGGUACAGGGGUAUCCUCGUCAACCAAGAUUCACCGCCCCUUGAUCAAGACAUGAAGCCAGAGUUCACACGAAAGGCAAUACUGCAGGCAUGGUCUCAGCGAGCCAAGCCUGAAACCAAGAAAAGUUUGCCUAUCGCUUUGAUGAGAUGCCUGUGGAAGCCGUUUCUAGCCGCUGUUAUACCUCGAUUAUUCUUGAUACUAUUCCGCUAUUCUCAGCCUACCUUGAUCAAAGAGUGUAUCAGAUUCGCUGUGGCAUAUCCUGCCGGCGCAGAAAGCAGCCAUGGAUUCUGGCUCGUUAUCUCAGCCGUGUUCAUCUAUAUUUCCCUUGCUCUGUCAACCGCUGUGUACCAACACUGUAUAAACAAGCUGAAACUUAUGACUAAGAGUGCCCUCGUGGGACUUAUCCAUGACAAGACCAUGAAGUCACCCAGCAUUGCUUAUGAUAACGGCGAAGUCACCACACUCAUGAGUACUGAUGCAGAUAGUCUCGAUGGUAUCGCCGAAAUGGUCCACGAAACGUGGGCCCAAGUCAUCGAAGUGCUGAUUGGUAUUGGACUUCUAGCUAGUGAAGUUGGUUGGGUUUGGCCUCUUCCUCUCUUUUUGAUUUAUUUAUGUUCAUACAUGAGUCGUUUUGUUGCAAAGCAUUUACAGCCACGCCAAAAGGCUUGGAACAGCGCAACGCAAAGCCGCAUAGCUGCUACCACCUCUGUGCUAAGCGCAAUGAAAGAUGUCAAAAUGCUUGGACUCCAGCACAAAUUGACCCACCGCAUUCAACAGCUUCGGGAAUGUGAGCUCUGGGCAGCGUCGAAACUCAGAUGGAUAAUGGUAUAUUAUAACGCCUCAGCCAACGCUCUCGGUAUAUUCUCUCCAGCUAUCACGCUGGUUAUGUUCGCAGUGAUAUCAGUUGCUCGUGGCGGCAAUCUGGAUACAGAAACUGCCUUCACUACCAUGGCCAUCUUAAGCAUGGUUACACAUCCUGCAAAUAUGAUCAUGACUAUUAUGCCACGCGCUGUGGCAGCAUUCUCUGGAUUUGAACGAAUCCAAGCAUUUUUGCUCCGGCAAUCUUUACAUGCUCAUCGUGGAACAUUGCCGAAAGGCACUAUGAACAGUCUCCCCUGGAACGCGACAACUGGUGACUUGACGAAUCCUAGCACUGCUAUUCAGAUCCGGCAACUGAGGAUUGGCCGUAAAAGGCUUGUCUUGGAACAUAUCGACAUUGAAGUAGCCGCUGGGUCAAUCACAAUAAUAUCUGGUCCUACUGGUAGCGGCAAAUCCACUUUGUUGCGCGCUAUACUGGGAGAGGUAGUCCCUGUCCAAGGGUCAAUUAACCUCUCAACACGACAGAUAUCCUAUUGUGCUCAGAAAACGUGGUUACCUAAUGGUACUAUCAAAGAGAUUAUUUACGGCCCUUCUGAUCUUUACAGUACUCGUGACCGAGAAAAUGAAAUAUGGUUUCAUGAGUGGGGGGCUCAAUUUGUCUGGAGGACAAAGGCAGCGGGUAGUGAGUUUCUCAAGACUACUACGUAUGGACUAAAGUCAUAUUUUAUGCAGGCACUCGCGCGUGCUUUGUUUGCAAGAUGCGAUAUACUUCUGCUGGACGACGCCUUCAGUGCGCUGGAUGGUGAAACGGAGCAAGCCAUCUUUGAUAAUCUUUUCGGAGUCACAGGCAUAAUCCGACGGUUGAGGACCACUGUAGUCCUGGUUUCUAAUUCCUCUCAGUAUUUCCAAGCUGCGGAUCAUGUCGUGGUUCUUGGAGACCAUCGAAUCAUAGAUCAAGGGAACUGGCAGAACAUCAAGGUCAAAGCUGCAUCCGUAGCAAAGUUCUCUUCUAGCUAUGACACCAAAGUCAGCAACGCCGUCCUCUCUGCGAAAUUUGAUGAACUCAGCGCACAAUUGCGAGCGAAUGCCGAGACCGAAAUAGACCUAGCACGACAGACUGGAGAUCCCGCUCUAUAUGGUUAUUAUCUGAGUUUCAUUGAUUUUGAGAACAUUUUUUUCCUUAUCAUCAGUACUUUAUUAUAUGCCUUCUUCAUCACUAUUCCCCAAUACUGGCUUCGGCUGUGGACAGAGUUAGAUGGCAGAAACACCGCUUUCUACGUCAGCGGAUUUCUCAUUCUAUCAACCCUGUCGUGGAUCUCAACCAGCGCUCAGAUGUGGUCCAUUCUUAUCCGACUUGCUCCCCAGUCUGGAUUGAGGUUGCAUCAACGUCUAUUGCACAUCGUGAUGAGCGCGCCUCUGUCGUACUUUUCUAAAACUGAUAAUGGCUCAAUUCUAAACAGGUUUAGCCAAGACGUUCAGCUUAUUGAUAAGCAGUUACCAUCAGCUCUUCAAGCUUUUCUAACUCAAAUCUUCAAGCUCCUCAUGCAGAUCGUACUUCUUUGCGUGGCCGAGAAAUGGCUCACAAUGUCGUUACCGGCCUGUAUGCUCCUGGUCUGUGUCGUCCAAAAGGUUUAUCUUCGGACAUCGAGACAACUCCGAUUUUUGGAGCUCGAGUCCCGCGCGGGGGUCUUCUUGAAUUUCUUGGAAUGCGUCGAGGGCCUCGAAACCAUACGGUCAUUUGGUUGGUCUAGGACUGCAGUACAAGGCAACAUCCGAAGCGUCGAUAACUCCCAACGUCCAGAGUUCCUCCUUCUGUGUCUCCAGAGGUGGCUCAACCUUGUCCUAGAUCUCUUAGGGGCGGCUGUUGCAACUAGUGUUGUUGCUCUAGCUGUAGCUUUUCGCGGGCAUGUCAGCGGUGGACAAGUCGGAAUCGCGCUCAACAUUAUGCUCGUAACAAACUCAACAUUACUAAAACUUGUGGAGAAUUGGACUAUGCUAGAGACUUCUAUGGGUGCAAUUUCUCGGUUGAAAACGCUUGAGGAAACGACCGCGGCUGAGGGUGGAAGAGGCUGGAACCCAAAAACCCCCGAAAAUUGGCCUUCCAGAGGACAUAUUGAGUUCAAAGAUAUCACCGUAUCUUACCCGUCGGGGGCGAUUGCUCUACGGAAUCUGAGCCUGAACGUUACUGCGGGUCAGAAACUCGUCGUGUGCGGGCGCACAGGCAGCGGUAAAAGCACGUUACUCCUCUCGCUUCUACGGCUUCUGGAGCUACAAUCCGGCAAGAUCGAACUCGAUGGCGUUGAUAUCAGGCGGGUGAGGCUAGAUUACCUACGACGACGGUGCUUCGUUGCAGUGUCUCAAGACCCUUUGUUGUUGCUGAACGAGACCUUGCGCUUCAACUUAGACCCGGAUGCCUCGAUAUCAGACGACGCCCUCGUUGUUGCAUUGAACAAAGUGGGAUUGUGGUUCCAUUGCUUCGAGGGCCGCACGAAACUUGGGGGAGAGCCAGCUACCGUCAUCAAUGUCCCAGGCUCUGGCGAACAUCCGAUCCUCGACCAGAAAGUCUCAAACUUUCAGGAGCUCUCUGUAGGGCAGCGUCAACUGUUUGCGCUCUGUCGAGCACUUGUGAAAGUCAGCUCCUUACGACAUUCUGGCGUGAAGCCCGUGGUCGUCUUGGACGAAGUUACAUCCUCCCUGGACCCUGUUACGGAAUGCACCAUCCAUUGUAUCAUCGACGAAGAGUUCACCAAAAAAGGCCACACUGUCAUCAUUGUUGCUCAUAAACUUGGUGUCUUGGAGGAGCACACGAAAACUGGGAGGGAUGCUCUGGCACUGAUGGCAGAUGGUCAAUUACAAGAAGUCAUUGAGGAUUUAGGACCUGUGGUUUUCCAGCGUUUCAGGCAGCUGGAAUAG